AUGUCUUCCUACGCGAAGGGUGGUGAACUUCUCUUCAAAGUCCUCAUCAUUGGCGAGGGUGGGACUGGCAAGACGUGUCUUAUCCGCCGCUAUGUGCACAGUAUAUUCCUCCCAACGAAUAAGGCCACCAUUGGCGUGGACUUUGCCCUGAAGGAUGUUGUCUACCCGCCCACCCACCGCAGCAUCACACUGCAGCUGUGGGACAUCGCCGGGCAGGAGCGCUACGGGCAAAUGACGCGGGUGUAUUAUCAGGCCGCGGCCGGGGCCAUUGUCGUCGCGGACAUCACCAGACCAGAAACACUGGAGCUCGCCGUGAAGUGGAAACAGGAUGUGGACAGUAAAGUGUUUCUCGGCGCCACGGGGAAACCCAUUCCAUGUGUGUUGUUGAUUAAUAAAGUGGAUCUCUUGCCUAAUGGAAUGCUGGUGACUUCCGUUAAUAAUAAUAAUAAUAAUAAUAAGAAGAAGAAGAAUAACAGUACUAGUGCUAAUAAUAGUAAUAGUCAUAAUAAUAAUAAUAAUAAUAAUAACAGUAAUAGUAGUAGUAGUAGUGGGGAUGUAUCUAUGGGAGUGGGCAGUAAUGUUGGAAUUCAGAAAACAAAAGAGGAGAUGGAUGCCUUCUGCAGUGAACACGGCUUCGAGGCGUGGUUUCUCACCAGCGCGAAGGAAAACAGAAACGUCGAUGUGGCCUUCAUGACACUUGUGGAAUGUGUGAUGAAAGCCACAGGGGCCUUGGAGUCUGCAGAGGACACCGCAGAGAGCCAAGGCAAUAAUGAGAGUGGGAGAAUUCUUCAUGGGAAUCGCACUAAACGUGAGGAAAAGUCCGGGUGUUCAUGUUAG